CACUUUCUAUGAGCUCUUAAACAUUUCAGUCUUCUCUGUAUCUCACACUUCUGUCCACAAGCAAAUCUCAAGAGUAGUAACUUGCCAAAAGGUAAGAAUGCAGGGGUAUGAAUGUAUGAAUGGGCUAGGUGACCCUGAAAAGCCCCAGUGUGGAUCAUCCUGGCCAACUGUGACCCCAGCCCUUUCUGGCAGAACUUUCUCUAUGCUUUUAUUCUACGAGUUCAGAAAAAGAGGAGGUGGUCAAUUGGAGCUCUCCAAUCUGUUGAGGGAUUGGGGGUUCGUGCAGGCCCCUCAGGGCCUGGCACUGACAAAGCAUGUGUAAUUAAUGGUGCUGCUUGAGCUCUGAAGACGGGAUUUAUUCAUCUAAUAAAAGUCUGUAACACCAGGCUUAGGGGCUGGGGGCUGUAGGCUGAGAGCAGGAAGUCCUGGGGGAACCAUGGGAGGGGAUCCCAGGUGGCUCUUAAUGGAGCCAUACAUUUCCAUUGCCGGCUCUAGAUUCCCCCAGGCUGCUGUGAGAGGGGGGAUGGCGGGAGGAGGGGGGAGGACAGCAGGUAUAAGAGGUGGGUGUGGCUGUAGGACAGCAGAUGGCAGCAUGGACUCCAGGCAGGCAGCAGGGCUGCUGGUGGUGCUGCUGUUAACAAUAGAGGGGAGCCAUGCUGAAGGACCAGGGCGCCAGGAUGGAGAUCAGAUCUCAGAGGAGGACAACAGACCUUGCCCACCACCGGAUGCCCAGACCCCUGGGUCGCUCUUGUGCUUCCUGCUCCAGACCAGACAGAGACCCAGCCGGGGCCCAGCCUUCCUUUUUCAGCCCCAGAGGUUUGGCAGAAACACCCGCAGCUCCUGGAGUAAUGACUGGCUGAGUCCCCGAGCUGGGGAGGGGCUGAGCUCGCCCUUCUGGAGCCUGGCUGCCCCUCAACGUUUUGGGAAGAAGUGAUAUGUCAUCCUUUGAUGUUUGCAUGUGAGGCCCACACCUAAAAGUGCCAUCCAUGUGUACCCCCUAAAUAAAGUAGUCUGGCUUCUGAGUCCA